AGCAGAAGUAGUUAAUGUGUAACUACAGGGAGGGGCAGCGCUGUGUGGAACCUGUGUCUGUACCUGCCUGUUCGCCUGUGUCUCAAUCUACAGCUGUCUGAAGCAUACUUUACUUGUCGCUUUAUUUUCUAUGCUAGUAAUUUGUCUGGAUAAUACAUCUUUGUGAAACAUUUACCCUCUGAAGUGGAGUAGUUCUUUGUUUUGUGGAUAAAUUAAUUUGUUCUGACAUGGCUGACUACAGUUCUCAACAGCCAGCCUCCUCUAAGAUGGACUCAGUGCAGGGCCAAGUCAAUGAAGUUAAAGUUAUACUCAAAGACAACAUCAACAAAGUACUGGAGAGGGGAGAGAGGUUAGAUGACUUGGUUGACAAGACACAUGACCUACAAGCAACCGCAGACUCCUUUCAGAGGACAUCCACGCGGGUAGCCCGGAAGUACUGGUGGAAGAACGCCAAGAUGAUGAUCAUCAUUGGAGUGAUAGUUCUGAUCAUCCUCAUCCUCAUCAUCCUGUUUGCUACAGGUGUCAUCCCCAGUUAAAUUGCCUCACAGACUCCUACAGUACUACAUUCUCGCUAAAAGGAAUAGGAUGAACCACAAUCACCAACAGUCAUGUUUUGAGGCUCAAGGUGGAUUAUGUAAAGUAUCGUGACAAAAUAUAACAUUUCACAUUAUGACUUCUGUAAAUAAGCAUCCUGGAAUUUGUUUGAUUGUUUUUUAGAUUAUAUCUGUUCAUUUGAUGUUUAAUAACAUACAUCUCAUCAUUUUUGUAGAUACAUUUGAUUGUGUAUUUUUGUCCCAAGAGAAACAUUACAGGUAAGGAGCCUCUUCCCACAGCAUUAGGGUUCAUUGAAUGCUUUAUAUUUGUGCUUAAAGGGGCAAUCUGCAGUUGCUACAUACAUUUUCUGAUUUAUAAGUUAAUGAUUUAUACCCAUUGAUUCUUGAAGAAUUUAACUUAUAAAUGCCUCAUGAGUUUAGUUCAACUGUCGUACCCCACCAGAACCCAAAAUAUGAGCUUGUUUUACUUCAAUGUUUGUAAACAAAGUAAAUGUAAACAAACACUAUAUCCUCAAACCAUGGUUAAAACUACAAAUGCUAUAUCAUGGAUAGUCAGUCAUUACAUCCAUUGCACUGUCUAUGAAUUUGAGUAGUUACAUUUCUCCAACCCCAUCCCUCAACUUUUAACCGAAACAGGGGGGCAGGUCGCUUUGUUAUUGUUUCAACUGCUGAUUUAAUGCUUUAGAAAUUAUGGUCACAAUAGUUCACUUCAUUACAGUAUACAGUUACACUCCACUAGCAAUAUAAUACUGUCCAAGGGUAAAGCUUAAUGUAACAAACAGUUCACACUGUAAAAAAACAAUCCAUUUCAAUUUCAGAUACGUUUUUUUAUUUAAAUGUUUUGAUGAUUUCUGAAUGUUCUAUAUUUCUGUGUACCAUGUCAAAUAUAUAUUAACAAAAUGUUUACUUGUGAUAACUACGAUAAAGGAUGUAGAUUUAUUUAAGGGCCCAUUUGCAUUUGCUUUUGACCGCAAUAUAAAUAAUUUAUUUUCUGGCCCUGACCAAUCCAAUUUUAUUUAUCGAAGACAAAUUUCCACCUCAGGGACAAUUAAGUAUCCUAGUCCUAUUUGGGUUUCAAUAAUGGUAAUUUAUGCCUUAACAAAAAGCAAUUUACAUAGAAUAUUACACACAUUUAACAAAAGGGAUAACACUGAGCGUAAGUGAACAAUCAACUCUUAAAUAUAAUUCUGCAUAUAUUCCUUUCACACAGUGUAACUCAAUACAAGACGAAUAGGAAACUUUUAAAAGCUUUGCAAGAAGAAACAACGAAAUACAACACUGAACAUAAAUUCAAUGUGCGUAGAUCAACUGAAUACUCUGACUGUGUCCUGCCUCAAGCCGUCCAUAAUAAAGGAAACUCUUGACUGAAACCUGUCACUUCGUCUGCCAACGCUCCUUCACAAGAUAUCCUUCAAUCUUCCAUCCUGAAAAAGACAAAACAAGUCAAACUGUUAAUGAUGAAGGUUACUACUAGUAGGGCUACAACUAAAUGUCAAAGGAAUCCCGUCUUUACCAUUUCCAUUAAGAAAACACAAUACAAUAGAUAAAAAUAUGUCUUACAAUUAAGAAUUAAAAACAAGUUAGUCCAUAAGCUAGAAAUCCUGAAGUGUGACAAAUUAAAGAGUUCAAAGCCCAAAUACAAAACCAAUGAGUAAAGCCUUCAAUUGGUCAAAAAGAUACACAUUAAAGAAAGCAUUACAUGCAAAUUUCCAGGAAACGUAGAGAUACUUUGAUACUUUCUCAAAAGGUUAAAAAGAGAAUUUUGUUAGAGGAAAAUUAACGUUUAAAGGAGAAGUUUUCCCACCGCUGUCAGUAACACAAGCAAACAAUACAAGUACAAAAAUAACGCACUUCUCCAACGCAGUAGCAUCCAAGUACAAACCAGGUUUUAGCUCAUGGACUACUGGCUAUUACUGCUACAAGAGCUAAAUAAAGAAAGCAAGAAUUACAGGUAUGAUUAGGAAUGAAAAAGACACUGGAAAGUCCAGAGAAAGCCGUGUCCUUUGAAAAGUAAAUAGUUAUUUUCUCAGUAUCAUGUUGUAAUUUACCAUUACUUGACGGGGGAGUAAGGGCCUGUAAAAAAUGGCAUUAAAAUUACAUAAUUUGUAUUUAAGUUUUACAUUACAAAAAAACACAUUACAGAAAUUAAACAAAUGAAAAUAAAAAAAGUGGACAAAGCCGGACAUGUCCCACUUAGUUUUUAUUUACAAUGCUGAGACAGGAUGUUGGAAGACCAUACCAAAUGGCAGCAUUCGAGAGCGUACGCCUCUCGUACCCGGUCCGCAUUGAGCGGGCCAGAGAGUACCGGGGAGGUCAGCUCAUGGCCUGCAAGGAAGCUCCGCUGGCAGGUACAAACAAGGUAUAUGUCAGAGUUAGGAGACAACAUUAUUAUUUUCUCUCUUUCACUCUCUUUUCCCUUGUAAAUCCUUAACUCUUCGUAUCCAUUUUACUGUAGUAAUAGUAGUACUAUACCUGUUAACUUUACAGUUACAAAAUGGCUCAUAAGAGGCAGCAGAAAUAAUUCACCAAAAAAAGACUGUAGCCUCUAUGUUAAGACUACUGUAAAGCACUUUUCAGGUGCUGUGAAAAACUAUAAAGAGAAAAACAUUAUGAGGGUUUAUUAUUAUUAUUAUACAGAGGUAGAUACAUUGCACAUUAUCUAGGUUUGUUGUAGGUGACUUAUAAAACAUACCUGUCUGUGGGUGUGGUACUUCUGUUACAUCAAUACGGCUUGUAAUUGUUCUGGUGACCACCUCGCCUGGGGGACUUCCCAUAACCACCCUGCUGGUCUGCUGAUUGGACACAAACACACACAGAAAAAGCAUAAUUAUAUGAGUAAAUGAUAGUUCUAGCUCUUAGUUAAGAUAGUAGUACAUAUUCAAAAUCAAUCAUUUUUCAUUACAUAUUUCCUUUGUUGUGUUGAAUAUUUAGUAAUUUAGGAAACAGAAAACAAUGAAUAAAGGUAAUGCGUUUUUAACAAUA